UCUCUGCACUCUCACUUUCAAGGAAAUAAAACAAAAGCUUACCAUUCUAUUCCUUCUCAUACAUAUCCAUCCCCACAAAACACACACACACACACACCAACACAAACACGUAGACUAUGUAAUACGCACGCUAGGUCUCUCUCUCUUUCCCCUCUCUCUCUUUCCCCUUUUCGUCGUGUCUUUCUUUGAGAACCCUAGAAAUCUCAGGUUUUUAAGGAAAAAAGUGGGUUUUGAUUCGGUGGAAUUUUCACUUUUUUUUCUCCUUCUUUGCCGGUGUAUUUAUGGGGUUGAUAAUUUUCUAGAGAAUUUGGUUGUGUGAGAGUGUGAUUCUUGUUGUUAAUGGAGAGAUCCAAUAGCAGAGAUAUUAAGGGCUUGGCGAGCUCCUCCUCUAGCUCCAUCUCAGAUAGUGCGCUCUUCGAUGCAUCACAGUAUGCAUUCUUCGGGCGAGAUAUAGCAGAGGAAGUUGAAUUGGGUGGUUUAGAGGAUGAACAAGAGAACAAUGAUCUGGCUGUUGGAGGUGUAUUAGGUGACGACGAGAUACAUGAGUAUCAUUUAUUUGAGAAAGAUGAGGGAUCAGUCUUGAGCUCUUUAUCAGACUUAGAUGAUCUAGCAACAACAUUUUCAAAGUUGAACAGAAAUGUCACUGGACCAAGGCAUCCUGGUGUCAUUGGUGACCGUGGAUCAGGUUCAUUUUCAAGGGAAAGUUCCUCUGCAGCUGAAUGGGCGAAAGAAGCAGACUUUCAUGAUUGGUUUGAUCAGCAUUUAUCUGACACUGAAUGUUACCAGGAAAGCAAAAAAUGGUCCUCACAGCCACAUAUCUCUGCAGUGCAUCUUGCAGAGUCAAAACCAUUGUAUAGAACAUCCUCAUACCCUGAGCAACCCCCACAACCCCCACAACUUCAGCACUACUCAAGUGAACCCAUUUUAUUACCCAAAUCAGCUUUCACUUCUUUUCCUCCUCCUGGUGGUAGAUCUCAACCCUCACCACACGGCCUUUCGCGACAAAACAUGUCAUCUCUUUCUGCUGGACCUCAGUCUCCCUAUUCGACUGCUAAUCUCUCUUCUUUGUCGAACUCUAAUAUGCAUUUGACUGGCUUGCCUCAUGGGCUCCACUAUGGUGGAAACAUCCCUCAAUUGAACCCUACUGGUCUCUCUCUUAAUACCAGGUUGCAAAACCAGUGGAGCAGCCAUGCAGGACUUAUCCAUGGGGACCAUUCUGGUCUCUUAGAUAGUGUCUUACAGCAUCAGUUUCCUCAUCAAAGCGGUUUAUUAUCCCCCCAGUUCAUGUCCCCGCAGCAGCUGCAGCAGCAGAGAUUGCAUCUUUCAGUUCAGCCGUCUUUAGCUCAUUUUUCUGCACUAAGAUCUCAAUUGUUUAGUUCCUUACCUUCACCAUCUCAUCUAGGAAAGUAUGGAAUGGCUGAUUUGAGAGAUCCACGAUCUAAGCCAUCACACAAGGUUAGACAAAAUGUGCGCUUUUCUAAACAAAGCUCUGAUGCUGCUAGCCACAAAAGUGAAAGUAAUGUGCCACAGUUCCGAUCCAAGUAUAUGACUGGUGAUGAAAUAGAGAGUAUCCUGAAAAUGCAGCAUUCUGCAGCACAUGGCAGUGACCCAUAUGUAGACGAUUACUAUCACCAGGCCCGCCUUGCAAAGAAAGCAGCCGAGUCGAGGUCAAAACAUCGUUUCUGCCCAAAUAAGGAGCAGUCUUCUCGGUCACGUAAUAGCACUGAAUCACAGCCUCAUCUCCAUGUUGAUGCUCAUGGACGGGUUUCAUUUUCUUCCAUCCGCAGGCCUCGUCCACUUCUUGAGGUUGAUCCACCGGGCUUUGGUUGCAUUGAAGGCAGUGGUGAACAGAAGAUAUCCGAGAGAUCUUUGGAACAGGAGCCAAUGCUUGCAGCUAGAAUUACUAUAGAAGAUGGUUUCUAUCUUCUCACUGAGGUAGAUGACAUUGACAGGCUCCUUCAGUUUAGUCAGCCCCAAGAUGGCGGUGCUCAGCUCAAGCGGAAGCGGCAGAUCCUGCUGGAAGGCAUGGCAGCCUCACUUCAACUAGUUGACCCACUUGGCAAAAGUGGUUCUGUUGGGCUUACCCCAAAAGAUGACAUUGUAUUUCUGUGGUUAGCGUCUCUUCCCAAGGGCAGAAAGCUCAUCUCAAGGUAUCUUCAGUUUCUUCUACCUGGUGGCGAGCUUGUCAGAAUAGUUUGUAUGGCAAUUUUCCGCCAUUUGAGGUUUUUGUUUGGCGGCCUUCCACCUGAUCCAGAAGCAGCUGAGACCAUCACCGAUCUUGCAAAAAUAGUCUCAAAAUGCGUCAGUAGCAUGGACCUUAAUUCACUCAGUGCUUGUCUUGCUGCUGUGGUUUGUUCCUCAGAACAGCCACCUCUUCGCCCUCUUGGAAGCCCUGCUGGAGAUGGAGCCUCCAUUAUUCUAAAAUCUGUUCUUGAAAGGGCAACUCAUCUGUUAACUGAUUCUCAGGCUGCUAACAGCUUCAGCAUGCCUAAUCCUGCCCUUUGGCAGGCAUCUUUUGAUGCCUUUUUUGGUUUGCUUACAAAGUAUUGUCUGAGUAAGUAUGACAGUAUCAUGCAAUCCAUACUAGCACAGUCUCAGUCAGAUGCUGAAAUGAUUGGUCCAGAGGCUGCAAGAGCCGUAAGCAGAGAAAUGCCUGUGGAACUUUUACGUGCUAGUCUUCCACAUACAAAUGAGCACCAAAGGAAACUGUUGUUAAAUUUUGCUCAGCGGUCCAUGCCUGUUACUGGAUUCAAUGCUCAUGGUGGAAGCAGUGGACAUAUAAAUCCUGAAUCUGUAAGCUGUUAGCUGAGAUGGUAAGAUUUCAUAAUAGCAAGUGCAGUUGUACAUCUGUAGUUCUCAAGGUUACUUUCUGGCUUCUGUUUGCCAGAACAUGUUGUUCUGCUUCAGCAUCAGUCUAGGAGAAUAUAGAAGGCUGGAAGCAAGGUAUAUGCAUAUAUGUUGGGCGUCGUUUUAAUGCCUAAAGUUCCUCUUCCUCCUAAUCCAACUUUUUUUGUUUCCCCCUUUUUCCUCCCGCCAUUUUCUUUCCCUCUUUUCCCUCUUUCCCCCCUUUCUUCUUUUCUACUUUUCUUUUGCUUCAUUGAAGGAAAAGAUGGUUUUCGUUAUUCCUUUCCUUCUUUGUGAUGAUUGUCUUGUCUUACAUAACUGUGUAUUAUGUCUGAAAGAGAUGGGGUUAUUGGUCACUCUUGAAGUUUCUUCAUCCAAAGAGCUGUAUUUUUUAUGCUCUUUCUGUAAACUCGGAUAAAAGCUGGAAGGAUAGGAUGUACAUGUGAUUUGUGGAGUUAGGGAACUCUUGCACUUGCCCCCCUUCCUCUCUUUGCUUUCAUGAAGAGAGUAAAAAGGAUUUAUUCAAGCUGAAGUAAUAUUGCUGGCUCGCAGGAGAGAACGGUUCAGCUCUGCAGUUUAACCUUUGCUACACUUGAAACUUUCAAAGUGAAAACUGUAAUAAUUAGAUAAUAUUCUUGUGCAUUAACCAUUUACUCGAUUACAUUUCCCAUGAUUUCUUACAAAGCUUAGUUUAUAAUUUGCCAUCA